AUGUUUGGACGGUCUAUUCUAAGUGAAUUUCAAGAAGAUGACUUCUUUAGAUUCCCAAAGAGUCAUAUGCGUAUGAUGGACUUUGGUUUCAGCUCCCCUCGUGUCAGUAGCCGGGACAGGCAGAGAGCCCAAAGCUGUGAGCGUACAAACCGUAAAAAUGAUCUUGUCUCCUUUGGAUUAAAUGAAGACUUUUUUGGUUUCAAUGACAUCUUCAACAAUAUGCGAAAGAUGAUGGCUGAUAUGAACCAUUCUCUGCAUAACAACAAAAUUGAUCCCAGUGGUUAUCACUAUUCUCAGUCAACCUUCAAAACCUACUCUAAGAUUGGCAACAGUGCUCCCAGAACUUAUGAAGCCAGCACCUCCACAUGCACAGCCCCUGGGGGAUUAAAACAGACCAUGAAGGCUGUUCGUGACUCUGAUGAUGGCAUAGACAAGAUGGCAGUGGGUCGGCACAUCAAUGAUAGAUCACAUGUGGAAGAAAGAUGCAGAAAUGCAAAAACAGGUUUUGAAGAGAGAAAUUCUCAAUAUGUCAACAUGGAUGAAAUGAUACUUUCCAGUUUUAUUAGAAAUUCUUCUUCUCUAUCUCUCUGUUGCCCUCACACUCUCCCUCCGUCACUCCCAUUCUCACAUGCUCUCCCUCAGUCACUCCCAUUCUCACAUGCUCUCCCUCCGUCACUCCCAUUCUCACACGCUCUCCCUCCGUCACUCCCAUUCUCACACGCUCUCCCUCCGUCACUCCCAUUCUCACACGCUCUCCCUCCGUCACUCCCAUUCUCACACGCUCUCCCCCAUCCCUCUCCCUCACAUGCUCUCUCUCUCUCCUACCUUGCUCUCUUGAUUGUUCUCUUUCUCACCUUGCCUGCUGGCUCCCUCUCUUACCUUGCCUGCUCUCUCUCUCUUUCUCUCUCUCACCUUGCCUGCUCUCUCUCUCUCUCACCUUGCCUGCUCUCUAUCUCUCUCUCUCUUUGCUUCCACCGCCUUGUUCCUUUCUUUACCUAUUGUUGUCUUCUAUUAAACAUGGCCUUAAGACAUUAUCAAUUUGUCCUUUCAUCAUAUUUUCAGAAAUGUCAACCGACGGAUGGUCACAGAUGGACUACACAGAAGAAAUUACCGAACAUAAACUGUACCAAAUCAAUCAAUUCAGAUUUUCUGGAUUGA